AUGACUUGGGCGCUGUCUCGAAUCUACUGCAGGCAGCUCCUUCGGGAGUCUGCGCGACUCAAUUCCCUUCCGCCCUUCCUUGUACCCGCUUUCUCGCUCCCCCCAAAGACUCAAAAUUUCUCAACCUCCGCGGCCUCGCAGUCUCGAAUCGGGGCCGCACCAAUCUCCGUCCCGCCGGAAGUUGCCUUGAAGUUCAUCGACUUGCCUAAAUCAAAGGCGACUACGAGAGUGACCUCCGUGGAUGUCCCUGUUGUGGCUGUAGAGGUGUCAGGCCCUCUGGGCAAAAUGACGUUGAAAAUCCCUUCGUUUUCCACGUUGAAAUACGACCCAGAGUCGAGGAAGGCGAGCUUUGAGAUAGCCGAUGCGGAAAAUAAGCAGCAGAAAGCCAUGUGGGGCGUCUCGGAAGGCCAUAUUUGCAUCUUAAAGAUGGUUGGUGUUGGUUUCAGGGCAUCCAUAGAACCCACAGCCAUCACGCUGUCCCCCGAAUACCCCGGACAGCAAUUUGUUUCCCUGAAAGUAGGGUAUGCCCACCCGGUCGAAUUGGGUAUCCCCAGAGGUGUAAAAGCAAGCGCUCCACAACCGACUACAAUAUUGCUCGAAGGAGUCAAUAAGGAGCUGAAAUCAGACAGUGGAGACCGCCAGAGCCGUAUAAGGGCAAGGGUAUCUUCGUCAAUGGCGAGACUAUCAAGUUGA